GUUUUGCGAGAGAAGUACACAUGAUUAUUGAAAUUUAUGAAUUUUUCACAAAAUGGCAACAAAAGCGACUUUAUUUUUUUUUGUAAGAAAGAAUUGUUAGUUAACUGGAAUAAUCGUGUGUACUUCUCUAGAGAAUCUAUCUGAGAAGCCACAGUUAAAAUUUCAGAUCAAUCUGAUGAAAAUUGUUUAAAUUCUAGUGCUUGCCAAUUUGAAAAACAUACUUUCUAGAAAAAUGCGUUUAAAGUUUCAAUACGACUUCACUAUAAGAAAUCUUAAAAAAUACACCUUUUACAUUCACUCUGCUAUCCCUGCACCGUAAAGCAUGCCUUCUUGAUCCAAAAGAUGCUCCCCUUCCUCCUUUCUGAGUAAUGUUUGUUCUUUCCUGGCGUCCUUUCUCGUUUUAGAUGAUGUGUAGUUAGCGGCUUUGACUCGGCGUUCAUCUAUUUCCAGGCAACAAUUGUAACAUUCAUAACCGAUUUUUAAUUAUAAUUCGUUCAUUAUCUCUAAUAAACCUUGAAAACCAUCAUCUAUAUCAACAAUAUCUUUGCCGCUCGAUAUCGUUUUCGUAGUUAUCGACCAAACCAUUGCGUUUAAGCUCUCAUUUGCAUUUUGUGUAUAUCUUCCUAGGCAAUGAGAAAGAAGAUCAUCCCUUGUGAGAUCUUCGUAGAUUUUCGUAAUGGCGUUAAAAACUUUCAUUGGCAUCGCCGGCUUGUGAGAAUAAAUUUCAACAGUCUGAAAAGCUGCAGCUCUCUGCCAUGAGCACCAAGAAUCUUUGCCUACAGGACAUUGGUCGUGCUGCGGCUUCUCGUCCGUCGAAAUUUUAUGAUAUAAAGUAGCCCAAAUUUUAUUCCGCAUCUUCUCAACGGAAUCCGUGUUUCGGCGAAUGGCCAAACCGUAAUAAAUCGGUCAACAUACUUCUACCGCCCAGACUUUUAGCCCUUUUUUUCAGGUUUCUCAGUCGCGUUCCAAGUCUUUUUUGUACAUGCCCGAUGCAUUCUUUUUUGGUGACAGUAAAAUCAUCGUAUGGUUUGGCAUCUACAAUACUUUUAUGAGUCUUAAGGUAGGAACACACUAUGCUCACGUCACGUGAGCUUUCGUGCUAUCAUGUAAGUAUGAUAUCACGUGAUAUGAAGCGCAGGAGACACAUUUUACGCACAUUUCGUAUAAUUUCGCGCUCAUUUCAUUCGCACUGUUUAAUAUCAGAUUGUUGUGAAACGAUUUGCUAUGUAUACGAUGGAGUACAGUAGCAAUUCUUGUAGUUCCUCAGAAUGGGAAGAAGAUUUAGAAAAUGUGGCUACAUGUUUAGCUAUUAGUGAAAGUAAAAAGAAAAAGUCAUACUGGGUACAUGAAAUUAAUAAAAAACGAAAUAAUUUCGGUGAAUAUCAUCGAUUAGUAAAAGAAUUGGAAGAAUAUCCGAAAAAGUUUCACAUGUACUUUAGAAUGUCUAAAGAACAGUUUGAAUUUGUACAUGACAUUAUUAAAAAUAAAAUACAAAAGAAAAGUACACAGUUUAGAGAUCCAAUUAGUACACAGGAAAGACUGGCAGUUUGUUUAAGAUUUUUGGCAACCGGAAAUUCAUUUCGCUCCAUCGCUUUUAACUACAGGUUAGGAUUUAGCACAGUUCGAAAAAUUGUAGCAGAAGUUUGCGAUGCUAUAUGGGAGACAUUAGGAUCGACUGUAUUUCCCACACCAACAGAAGAAAAUUGGAAAAAAGUUGCAGAACGAUUUAACUUGUUGUGGAAUUUUCCAAAUUGCAUAGGGGCAAUAGACGGAAAACAUAUAAAUAUUAGAUGUCCAAUAAAUGGAGGUUCUUCAUUUUACAAUUACAAAGGAAAUCAUUCUAUUGUGCUAUUAGCCCUUGUUGAUGCUGAAUACAAGUUUAUAUCAAUUGAUGUAGGAUUUUACGGUCGAAAUAGCGAUGGUAAUAUAUUCUCUCGUUCGAUGAUAGGAAAAAAGUUAGAAGAUAACAGUUUACAUGUACCGCAAAAUGCUCCUCUUUUAGAAAAUGGGGAAGCACAGCCAUACGUUAUCGUUGGGGAUGAGGCUUUUCCUUUAAAAUCUUAUCUUCUUCGGCCAUAUAGCAAGCAGUACCUUACAAAUAAUGAGCCCAAUAAAAUAUUUAACUAUAGAUUGUCCCGAGCACGCAGAGUGGUAGAAAAUGCGUUUGGAAUAUUAGCUGCUCGUUGGAGAGUAUUUCAAAAACCUUUAGAAGUACAACCAACAAUGGUAGACAAAAUUGUGCUAGCAUCUUGUUCACUGCAUAAUAUGCUAUGCUCAGAUGCUAAAUGUGAUCCAAACAACACACUAUUGGAAUCACAGCCAGAGCCACAUCUAACCGCAUUACAAAAUGUAGAUAAUUUAAAACGAAACUGUACCCAAACUGCAUUCCAAGUACGAGAGAAUUUUAAGGAAUAUUUCAAUUCUCGAACAGGAAGUGUCUCCUGGCAAACAGAUUUAGUUCGCAGAGGAAGAAUUGUAAAUGAAAACAAUUGAGAAAGAAACAGAA